AUGAUUGGGAGGGGAUUGGAACACCUGAAUCACAUGAUUGGGAGGGGAUUGGAACACCUGAAUCACAUGAUUGGGAGGGGAUUGGAACACCUGAAUCACAUGAUUGGGAGGGGAUUGGAACACCUGAAUCACAUGAUUGGGAGGGGAUUGGAACACCUGAAUCACAUGAUUGGGAGGGGAUUGGAACACCUGAAUCACAUGAUUGGGAGGGGAUUGGAACACCGGAAUCACAUGAUAUGGAGGGGAUUGGAACACCGGAAUCACAUGAUUGGGAGGGGAUUGGAACACCGGAAUCACAUGAUUGGGAGGGGAUUGGAACACCGGAAUCACAUGAUUGGGAGGGGAUUGGAACACCGGAAUCACAUGAUAUGGAGGGGAUUGGAACACCUGAAUCACAUGAUAUGGAGGGGAUUGGAACACCUGAAUCACAUGAUAUGGAGGGGAUUGGAACACCUGAAUCACAUGAUUGGGAGGGGAUUGGAGCACCUGAAUCACAUGAUUGGGAGGGGAUUGGAGCACCCGAAUCACUUGAUUGGGAGGGGA